AUGGUAGAGAGGGAGCUGGUAGCCCAAACUUGUCGUAAGAGACAAGCGGGAUGCCCCAUGUACUACACGCCUGAUGGCAGUCCAUCCCAAGGAUGGGCGACCUGUCCAGCGGGGGUGUCCAAGACCCCCAUCGUUGAGACAGAGGAACAUCGGGUCCAGGACAUUGACCCGGGUUCCACACCCCUGUUGGAGCCAGGGGGAUUCGCUGGGUCCGACGUCGUCUGA